UCAUUGAGGAUGGGUUCGAUUUUCCGUUUCUUUGCUUUUGUCUUGGUGUUUGCUGGAUUUCUGCAGACAUCUGACACAUUGAGGGCGACGUCGUAUCGCGCUUUCUGGCACGUUUUGGAUGCCACCGAGUUUGGUUUGACCACUCAAGGAGCUGUUGAAUAUUCAGCUGUUAUUUUUCAUGAUUGGCUCAAACUGGUACAAGAGCCCUCAAAGCCAGGGAUUUUGUUUGGCACUCCUGGUGACUCAGAUGUUGGAGAUGCUGAAAUAAAGGUUAAUGCUUAUCAUCAGGACACAUUUAAGUCUGUGUCAUGGACACUGAACAUUACUGUUUAUGCAUCUGAGCCUCCUGGUUAUGAAGCCACAUUUGAUGUGCGGAACUUUACUUUGAGAGAGUUUGUCACUAGCUCACAAAAUUAUCCAGAUAUUCUAAUGAAAGAGUUGCAGGCAAUUUGGACAAAACGAGACUUCAUGACUCCAAAUGUUACAAUAACGAAACUGAAAUUAUAUGAUCGAGUUCCACUUCCACCUGAACGUGAAGGACUGUUUGUCAGUGCAUCACCAUUACCAGAUCAACUGGCUGAUAUGUCAUUAUGCAAAAUGGAUCCAGCUUGUCCUGAAAUUCCUUGUGGUUACAGACAACUGAACUUUGACAUCAACUGGUGCAAGUUUAGUUUGCUCAAAAGCGCUUCCUCUAAUGUUCCUCCUCCCACUCGCCAUCAGAGUAGAUAUGUUCCUGUUGCACAACUUUUGGAAGAUGAUAUGAACAAAUCUGCAGUGUUUUACUGGAUUAUCGUUCUGGUGUGUUGUGUUUGUUUUGUUCUGCUAUUGUUCCUUGGUUGCGCUAUGUGCUGCUGCAGACACUCUGGAACCAGCAGAGUUUCUGACGACACAAAGGCUGUUCGGAAAGCAACUGUUAUUCUGCGAAAAAUGGGUCCUCAUCCAGUAGUAACAAUGGAUGAUUGGGAUGACCUAAUCUUGGUUAACACUAAUGCAGAUGGAAGAAUGCAGCGUGCUCUGUCUUCAGAUGUGGAAGACAAGAAGGCAAUGCAGGAUAGUGACAGUGAUGAUUCUGUGGAUAAACCAGAUGACAUUGCCGAGUCACCAUCAUACAAAGCUAUUGACUCUAGUGGCGAUGACUUGACACUGAAAAAGAAAGUUCCUGAGUAUCGUUAUCCUCCAUCCUACCUUACACCAGCUAAUGAGAGUCCACCAAGCCAAUAUGUUGAGUCUAGUCGACAACCUCCUAGCUAUAUUACUCCUCCAACAGGCUAUUCUCUUACUACACAAGCAAGAGGAGCAGACUCUUCAGCAAGGUUAGAGUCAUCACGGGAUCCACCACACUACAAAACUCCCCCUCAUUACAAAGGCAGCCAUUCUUCUCUGAGGAGUGGAGGGACAGACGAAGACCUCGGUCCAGCACCAAAAUAUCAGACACCUCCACAACACUAGCUGUUGCAAACAUGCUUUUAGUAACAGUUUAUUAGUUUGCUUUUACAAGUAGUUUACAAGUCAUGACCAGUGUAGUAGAUACUGUAGCUACAAAAUUUGUGAUUACAUAAUCAUAUAUGCUCUUGUUGUCA